GUAUAAAAAAAAAAUAGUUGAGUUGGCAAACAUAUAAAAACAAACGGAACAUGGAGGAGACAAUUAUUCUUAUAUUGUUGGUAAUUGUGAUGCUAGUUGGAUCGUACCUAUCUGGAAGUAUACCUUUGGUAAUGAAAUUGAGUGAGGAAAAAUUAAAGUUUGUCACGGUACUUGGCGCUGGGUUGUUGGUGGGCACAGCCCUCACAGUUAUUAUACCAGAGGGUAUACGUUCCUUAUAUAUGGACACCCAGCGACCUCAAACAGAUGCAAACACAUCCCAAUUGUCAGCCGGCCUGAUCAAGCCACAUGAUUACUCGCGUACAAUAGGACUUUCUCUUGUGCUGGGGUUUGUUUUCAUGAUGCUUGUGGACCAAGUUUCACAACGAAAAACCAACAAAGGAAAUGAAAAUGACAAGAAUAUUACGGCUACCCUCGGACUAGUGGUGCAUGCUGCAGCUGAUGGAGUUGCUUUGGGUGCAGCAGCAACAACUAGUCACCAGGAUGUAGAAAUAAUUGUAUUUCUAGCUAUUAUGCUACACAAGGCUCCGGCUGCGUUUGGCUUAGUUAGCUUUUUGCUGCAUGAAAAAGUUGAACGACAACAAAUCCGAAAGCACCUUGGUAUAUUUUCCCUGUCCGCACCAUUGCUGACGCUCCUCACUUACUUUGGCAUUGGGCAAGAACAAAGAGAGACACUUAAUUCGGUAAAUGCUACUGGAAUCGCCAUGUUAUUUUCCGCCGGAACCUUUUUGUACGUUGCAACAGUUCACGUAUUGCCUGAAUUAACUCAGGGCGGGUGCAGUCAUCCCAACCGAAAAGGCGGACCCGGGAAGUAUGACUACCAUGCUAUAGAGGAAUCUCGAGAGGCUGCUACGAAUGACUCAUCUGCUAAUGGAUCAGCUCAAUCUUAUAAUGUACAAGGCCUGAGGUACAGCGAGCUUAUUAUCAUGAUAUGCGGUGCCUUACUGCCGCUAGUCAUCACAUUUGGGCAUCAGCAUUAGCAAAAGAAUUAAAUUUCUAAAUUGCAGCAGCAAUAGAAUUCCCAUCACUCAUUCAAUUUGUAAAUAAGACUUCGCAUAGGGCUAUUUGUAAGUACAACUGUUGUUGAAAUAUUUGUUUUGAUUGCAUUCCUUUUUUCCAUAUUUUGGGGUCCAAUUCAUCGCAAAAUUAUUACAUUCAACAAAUUCGUGUUUGAUCAUUUAUUUAUUUGUUAUAUUUAUAUGUAUGCAAUAAUAAUAUAAUGACUUAUGUAUAGGCGACUUGGCUUAAACGCA